AUGAUAAUUUUGGUUCCUAUAUUCAUUAGCCUAAAUUUUAUUAAAGGUUCUCUUGCCCAAUCUAAUUUGAAUGUAAGAAUUAAUAGUGUUGGUAAUAGCAUAUUCGAAGCAAAAUGUAAUGAUAUAUCAUUUCUUCCUAUUUAUCCAUCUUUAGGAGGUGUAGGGGAGAUUAUUCCAUUACCGAUGACAGUUGGUGUUGCCAAAGUUCCAUCAGGUAAUUUAGAGAGUAUUAAUAUCAAAAAUAUUGGUGUUGUUUUAAAUACUUUAAAAAAUAAUGUACUUACUACUACUAAUAAUAGAUUGAUAUUUGCUCAUUCUAUUUUUGGUGAAGAUUUUAGACAAACAGAUAUUCGUUCUUUGUUUGCUUUAUCAAAAUUACUCGAUAAAGAUGUAAAUAACAAAAUAUGUCUACAAAGUACAGAACAAACAAAUUAUUAUGAUAUUCCAAGACAAUACCAAGGUUUAAUACAUCAUGUAUCACUCAUGUGGUAUUCUUCUAUUCAGGACUCUUCUAAAAAUUUUUUUUUUUCAGCAAGAAUUAAACCUAUAUAUAAAAAUGUUAUCUUCAAUUUAAAUUAUAAUUAUGGUUUAAAUGCUGGUUCAAGAAUGGUAUCAUUUCAAUCUAUUAUUGGUAUAGCUACUUUAACUAUUAAAGGUAAAUCUCAUUUUGAGAACAUUGUUUCACCUUGUGAUGGUAAAAUUGAGACUGCAUCAUUAGGUAAUAAUAAACCUUCAAACCAUAUUGAAAUUUUGUGUUUAAGUCCUCCCUCCUAUGUUUCCAAUCAUAAAAGAGAUUAUAACAAUAAUAUAAACCGUUUAUUUUAUUUAAGUAAAUCAUUUGGGGAUUUAGAAUCUUGGAUCUUAAGUGAGGAGAAAAGAAUUGUUUUUGUUCCUGAGGAAGAGAAUCGUGAAUUUUCUAGUAAACUUGGUUCAGUGAUGAAUUUAUUAGAUUUAGAUGGUUUAGUUUUCAAUAGUGGAAUUCAUGCAUCAGAUCUUAUAUAUAAAUCAGAACUUCAAAUACCAGAUAUUUCUGUGAAACUGGAAAAUUAUGAAGCUAUUGUCAAUAGUCUAAGAUUAUAUGACUAUAACUACGAUUCUGAACGUCGAUUAUUAAGACUUAAUUACCAAUCAGAUUUAAGUAAGCAAGUUAGUAGUGGAUUACCUAUGACUUAUCAAUUUAGAGAUGAUGAAUUAGAUUGUCCUGAUAUCAAUAAAGAUAAUUUGGGACGUUGUAAUUGGUUAGGUGAUGCCUCUAUGGGAUGGGAUGUUACCAAUGAAGACAGUAACAUUGUUCCUGCGCCUUAUACUGGGAAAAGAUAUCAAUUAUUUGGUCCAAGGCCUUGGAAUAUGAAAUUUUACUUCUGA